CCCCAGCAACGAUAAUUUUCGUCAUACAUUUGCGCCACUACAAUCAGCAAGCAUGGCUGCGGUAGUGACGGGCACAGUAUCUCAAAGAGCCCCGCUGUCCAAGUUGCAGUCUUUAAAUGGACUUUUUGCAGUUUAUAAAAAACAAGGACCCACAUCGGCUGACGUGUUAAAUAGGCUGAAAGAGAAACUUCUAGAAGAGGUGGGUGAGAAGCAUCAGAACCCCCGCAAGAGGAAGAAGGCACUUAUUAAAAUGGGCCACGGCGGGACGCUGGACAGCGCUGCCUCUGGCGUUCUCGUGGUUGGGAUUGGCAGCGGGACCAAAAUGUUAACCACCAUGCUGACAGGUUCCAAGAAGUAUACUGCUGUGGGAGAGCUUGGGAAGGCCACAGACACGCUGGACGCCACAGGAACUGUCACCCAGGAGAACAGCUUCGAGCACAUCACCAGAGAGGACAUGGAAGAGAAACUGAAGAAGUUCACCGGAGAGAUCAUGCAGGUCCCACCGCUAUAUUCGGCCCUAAAGAGGAACGGACAGCGACUCUCUGUCCUGCUAAAGCAGGGUCAGAAGGUGGAGGCAAAGCCAGCUCGGCCAGUGACAGUGCACCAACUGAGCCUGAUGGAGUUCAGUCCCCCUCUCUUUACCCUGGACAUUGAAUGUGGUGGUGGUUUCUAUGUCAGGAGUUUGGUGGAUGAUCUUGGUAAAGAGCUGUCCUCAAGUGCACAUGUCAGGGAACUGACACGCACCAAGCAGGGGCAGUUCACCCUGGAACAUGCCCUGCUUGAGGAGCAUUGGACUGUGGAGCACAUCUCCCACUCGCUGCAGGAACCUCCAGGCCUCCCGGCUGCCAGUGAUGGCUCCAGGGAUAUGGAGACGGACCUUUACCCUGCUGUCAGACCAGAGAGUGACCGUGAGGAACCAGCCAGCAGCUCCAGACAUCCUGAGAGAGAACCCCAUCCAGAUACUGGAGCACAGAGUGAGGCUGGAGGCCUACCAAGCAGGGAGACGAAUUUAGCUUGAAGAACUGUCAUGUCCAGAAAUCCCAGAAUUCCAGGCUUUCUGGGAAAUGGUUGUUUUCAGGGAAACCUGUGCUCUCCACUGUUUGACCUUGCUGGUGUUGAGGUCUGAGGGUGAGGUGCUCGGGUGGGUUACCGAAAACCACAGCGAGUGUGCAUGUGUCCGAUCUCCCAGCAUGCUGCACUGCAGGUGACAUGUGGCUCAGAAGGUUUACACUCUGCCCUAAUGCCAGUUAAAAUCCCAGGCUGGGCAGAGUGACGUCACCGUUGCCCCCUGAGAAAGGCCCUAAACCCCUGACUGGUACAGGAACUGGUUCACCCUAUUUUUUCACUCGUAUUUUGCUUUGGAUAAAAGCUUUUGCUAAAUAAGUAAAAUGUAAAAGCGUCAGACACAGUAUGAGUGUCUCUUCGGUUUUUGUGUGGCUGCUGUGAUGAACUGGAACUUAAGGCGUCCUCUGGAUUUUUCUGCUUGAGUUUGAGAAUUCGGGCCCAGCUAUGUUCUGUUAGUAUUCUGCAAUGUGGAUUCUGAGUUUUGUCUUUUGAUCUGAAAUAAACACAGCCUCGCUGUCAAGCAAACAAACGUGUGUGCCUCCGGUCCUCAGUUUCGUCUAGCUUUAUGACCUAAUGCAGCCUCACUAUUAAACGGGCAAGUGAAUGUAUGCACUUGCUGUCCUCAGUGUCGCCUGGCUUUUAAACGCGGCCUCGCUACUAAACAUGCAAACAAACAUGCACCUCCCAUCCUCAGUGUCGUCUGGCUUUAUGAAUAAACGCGGCCUCGCUACUAAACAUGCAAACAAACGUGCACCUCCCAUCCUCAGUGUCGUCUGGCUUUAUGAAUAAACGCAGCCUCGCUAUUAAACAUGCAAAUAAACAUGUGCACCUCCCAUCCUCAGUGUCGUCUGGCUUUAUGAAUAAACGCAGCCUCGCUACUAAACAUGCAAACAAACGUGCACCUCCCAUCCUCAGUGUCGUCUGGCUUUAUGAAUAAACGCGGCCUCGCUAUUAAACAUGCAAAUAAACAUGUGCACCUCCGA